CGAGGCGGGCAGAGAAGCCGAGAGAAGGUCUCUCUCUCUCUCUCUCUUUUCCGAAAACAAACGUCGGCAAAAUGGCUGACAAGUUCGCUCGCUUCAACGAGGAUCGCGAUUUCCAGGGCAAUCACUUCGAUCAAUAUGAGGAGGGACACUUGGAGAUUGAACAAGCGUCCUUGGACAAGCCCAUAGAAUCGGACAACAUUGGACACCGUUUGCUUCAGAAGCAUGGGUGGAAGCUUGGCCAAGGUCUGGGAAAGUCUCUCCAGGGAAGGACCGAUCCCAUUCCAAUCGUUGUCAAGUAUGACGUCAUGGGUAUGGGCAGGAUGGAAAUGGAGCUUGAUUAUGCAGAUGAUGCUACAGAACGACGCCGUGUUAUGGAGGUGGAGAAGCAGGACACAGAAGAACUUCGACAAAAGUAUAAGGAUUUUGCUGAAAAGGAGAAAGCAAUUGCAAAAGCUUUGGAAGACCUGAGAGCAAAUUUUUACUGUGAAUUAUGUGAUAAACAGUAUCAAAAACAUCUUGAAUUUGACAACCACAUCAAUUCUUAUGACCACGCUCAUAAGCAGAGACUAAAAGACCUAAAGCAAAGAGAAUUUGCUCGGAAUGUGUCUUCAAAAUCCCGAAAGGACGAGAAAAAGCAGGAAAGGGCACUUCGACGCCUUCACGAACUUGCAGAGCUACGGAAACAACAAGAGUGUGCUCCAGGAAGUGGCCCUAUGUUUAAAGCUACGACUGUGGCUGUUGAAGAAGAUGCUAACGAUGACAUGUGUGCCACCCCAAGCGACAGUAUUGGAGGAAAACCUAGUGGUUCUGUGUCACCUACUGUUAACAAAAUUGUACUUGAUAAAGUGUCAGGAGGUAGUAGCAGAGAGGCAGUCGACAACACUGGGCACUUUGUCUGUGGAAGCCCUGCAGGAACAGCCCAGAGCAGCCAGCCUUUUAGCAUUACCCUGCUUAAGAAUAAUUCUAGCACUCCCUUGCAAAAGCUGUCAUUUUCUUUUGCAAAAAAGGUUCCAAUAAAGUUGGACUCUUCAGCUUCAGUAUUCAGUGACAUGGGGGAGGAAAUAAACGAGUCUGAAAUAGAAAACACUGACGAUAAAGUGUUGUCUGGUCAAGAAUCACUCAAGUUGAUUGAGGUUGAAACUCCAGUAACUGAUGAUAAUAAGGUAGAAGGACUUAGUCCAUCAGAAAGCGAUAACGACUCUAUAAACAGUACCUUAUCCAAAUUGAAAAAGAUGAUGAAGAAAGACGAGGAGGGCUGUCAGUCAGAACCUGAAUAUUAUCAUUACAUUCCUCCUGCACACUGUAAAGUGAAGCCAAAGUUUCCGUUUCUACUGUUUAUGAAAGCUACAGAGAGCACAGAAUCCACUUGUGGUAAUACGAAAAAUUUUCAUAGCUUUAAAAAGAGUUCUAGUUCUAGAACCGUUCUGAAUCCUGAGGAAAGGAGAGGAGGAGAAUGUGAGGGAGAUGUUGUGCAAAGUGGUAACAAUAAGCCAUUGGCAGACGCGGAGCUGGAUGAAGAAACACAGUCUCCGGAGACUGCAAGCAAGGAGGCUUCUAAGAGCGUGCCAACAAAGCCGAUUGCUUGUGUAGAAGCAAAGCAGCAAAUCAGUUUAGUAAACCCAGAAGUCCCUAAUGGCCCCAAGCAGGUCAGUGAUCCCUUUUUCCCAGUCUUGAGCAAAGAUGAAAGUACCACUCUUCAGUGGCCUUCUGAAUUGUUGAUGGUUACGAAGACUGAGCCAUGCGUCUCUUACAGCUGCAAUCCUCUGUAUUUUGAAUUUAAAUUGGCACGCCAUAAGCAGGUUAAAAGAAAGAGCAAAGAGAACGAGGACUCGCAUACACAGAGUAAUCCGAUUCCUACUGAUCAAGAUGCACAGGAAAAUAAGGCUAAUAUAAAGGCAAGUGAUACUGCCUCCAAGACUAAAAUUAGUGAGGAUGAUAUUAAGAAACCACAAGAGGAGCCUUCCCUAAGCUUAGGUAAACUUGAAGUCCAAGUCAAUGAAAGGGACACAAACACGGUAAAUAAAGACAAGAGUUUGAAAUCACACAAGCAUAAAAAGAAAAAGAAGCACAAGAAAACAAGCAAGCACUCAAAGGAGAAAGCUAAUGUGGAGGGAGAGGAGCUGAAAGAUGGUGCAGCGGCAGAAGGGAUUUCAAAAAAAAGGAAAAAGCAUAAACGCAAGAAUAAAGGUGUGGAUGAGAAGCAGAGCAAAGGUGCCACUCUAGAGGUGUCUAAACAGGUGGUGAAAAUAGAGCCAGUGGAGGAAGGGAGCCAUAUACAGAAGAAAAGGCAACGAUUGCAAGAUGAUUUCCAAUGUGCAACUGUUUCUGUUGAAGAGAGCAGCAGUAGAAAGGAGGAGAGUUCAAACUUUGCUGAGGAGCCCAGUAGCAAGAAGCAAAAGACUGGUACAGUGCCACCUUGUAACGAUCCAAGAAAAAGAUCAUCCAGCCAGAAAGAUAGUCGUUCCAGGCACAGAAAUCGAGGUGAUGGCGGAGGCAGCAGCAGGGAAGAAGAAUCUGAUAGCUAUGAUGAAUCCUGUAGGAAACGAUCCAGGCAAAAAUCCUCCUCUCGUUACAGUGAGGAUUACGAUUCGGGGAGUGACAGAAGCUACUCCAGAAGAUCAAGAAGGAGGCAUUCUUCCUCUCGGCAUUCUUCCCGCAGGUCAUAUUCAUCCGAUUCCGAUGCCUCGUCAGACGGCAGUGGAUACAGUCGUAGACGAAGCUAUUCUGACGAUAGUUACAGUGACUCCAGCGAUCGGUCGCGUCAUCGAUCAAAACUUUCUCAUGAUUCAGACGAUGAUUAUGACUACAGAAGAUCCAAACACAAAGGGAAGAAGCGUAAAUACUCUUCAUCAGACGAUUACAGAAGCAGUCGAUCCAGAAGUAACAGCAGGGGAAGAACUCGAACUAGAACGCACACAAUCAGCAGGACGAGGACUAGGAGCCGGAGUAGGACUCGUAGCAGCAGUCAUAGCAGGAGCCGGAGUAAAAGUAGCCGGAGCAUAACGCAACGGAGCUGGAAGCGGAGCCGGAGCUACAGUAGGGAUCGCAGUACCAGCGCCCGACACCGUAGUUCGCGGAGAUCCAGUUCAAGAGGUAAAGGGUCACACAGCCAUGAUAGUUCCAGUGACAGAAGGUCCAGUCGAAGGAAUUCCAGUCGGUCCUUUUCGAGAGAUCGGGUAUAUCGUUCGAAAUCCCCCCGUUAUAGUAGGAGCAGACAGACGGGGAAGAGAGAUGAAUCUUUAAAAAAAGAAACCAAAGUGGAGAAUCUGAGAACCUGCAGCACGUCUCACAACCUUCCCGGCGUUAGCGGCACAGGGAAAUUGUAUUUGGAGAAUCAGCCGACACAGGAAGAAAGAAACUCUUUAACGGCUAAACAGCUGUUGGAAAAGAUUCAGUCAAAAAAGUCUGAAAAGAAACCCGAAGUCAAUAAUGAGGCAAUGUUAAUGUCUAAUAAAGUCGGGAUCAAACUGAAAGAUCCUCCUCAGGGUUACUUUGGCCCUAAGCUUCCACCAGCGUUGGGCAAUAAGGCAAUGCUUCCUUUAAUUGGGAAAUUGCCUACAAACAAAAAGCCGACAAUAAAGAAAAACGAAGGCAGUUGCUCGGACAGAGCAGACAAGGGAGAAGAUCAGUAUUUGGGAGAGUCUAAAGAUCUGGGAGAGGAGGAAGCUAGUAAUUCACCAAAUUGGACAUUGCAAGAAGAGAUGCCGAUCGGACAAGAAAAAAUAGAAAAUGAAGAAAUUCCAGCAGUUUCUUGUGAACCACAGUUUGAAGAAGGAUUUGCUUCAGAGCCUCAAAUCGCAAAUACUUUCGUUUCUGACCUAAGUGCUCCGACUGAAAUCAUCACCGAACCUUCCGAUGUAAGACUACCAGAGCCCGAGGAAGCUGUUGUGAUGCAUUAUCCCCCACAUGCAGAGCCAUUCUCUAAUUAUAUCCCUCAAGUACAAGAAAACGAAGAGGACUUCCAAGAGGACGUCAAUUCAUCAUUAGCUCCGUUAGACAGACAGCCGAUAACCUUCACACCUGAGGAAAUGGAAAAAUAUAGUAAAUUACAACAGGCAGCUCAGCAGCACAUCCAGCAGCAGCUUAUGGCCAAACAGGUGAAGAAUUUCCCCACCUCGGCUGCCUUGGCACCUGCCCCAGCUCUGCAACAGUUUCAUAUCCAGCAACCAACAGCAGCUGCAACAGCAACAUCGAUUACCACUGUCCACCAUGCUAUCUUACAGCACCAGGCUGCUGCGGCUGCCGCUAUCGGUAUUCACCCACACGCACACCCGCACGCACAACCCCUUGCUCAAAUCCACCACAUACCACAGUCUCUUACACCAAUCUCUCUGUCUCACCUCGCACCGUCUCUUUAUCCAACUCAUCCUACCACUUUUCUGACCAGCCAUCCAAUACAUAUUAUACCAGCCUCUGCACUCCACCCAGGUCCCCUGGCCCUUCACCCAGUUCCACAUGCACUCUAUCCCGCUCUCUUUGCCCCACGCCCUGGAUCAGCAGGCGCUGCCUCCGCUCUCCAUCUCCAUCCUUUUCUCCACCCUAUUUUCUCAGGACAGGAACUGCAGCAUCCUCCUAACCAUGGCACUUGAGAAGCAAACUUUAACAAACAAUGAAAAUGGAGGUCGACACAUGGCUUUGUCUCUCAUCAGUCAGUCGAGUGUAAAAAUACUACAUAGUGAGCAUUUCAUACUUUUCUCCAACAGCCAAAGAGUUCAGGCUUGUUGCCCGAGAAUGUGAUGCAGUGUUUGUGUGCUUGUAAUAUCAGGGAUUUCCUUUUUUUGAAAAGAAAAGAAAAUUAGUUUAGUUGGUUCUGACCAUCUGGAUCUCCCAAAACUCAACAAUACAUUACCCAAAAAGACAUGAGGUUAGAGAUUAAUUGUUAGUAACAUCCAUAUUCAGCAGGUUGGCCCUCUCUUGCUAACUGACAUCAUAGUACUUGUCAAUCUGACUAUUCUGUAAAUUCUUGUGAUGUGCGUGUUGAUAUGCUUGUGAAUGGUAUUGGGGUGGUUGCGAGUACUGCAAGGAUUCCAGUAAUAGAUGUUGAAACCAUACAUAUAGCUUCUGAUUUUAUGGUUAUAAAAUAAAACCAUAAGAGUGUGGCAUGUAUUGGACACUUAGUCAUAAAAGUGAAUGAAUGGCUGCUGUGGAGAUCUAUGGAGACUUGAAGCUGAGAAAAAUUAGAGGAGUCUUAUUGCACUAAUCUGUGUAUUUGCUUCAACAGGUGAGUUCGUGAGUGAAAGGAUGCAAAUUUCAUGCCCCGACAUUGAAAGCAUGGAGAGAAUUCUUUUAUAAUGUCUCAAUAAUCACAAACAUAUUUCAGCUAAACUAACUUCAGUGCAGUGAUAGAAUUUGGAGAGAUACCAUAAGAUCUUGAAAAGAUCUUUUCAUGUUUGCUGUCAAAGAAAACUUGACAGUCUUUGUACAAGUUGUAGGAUGUAAUUUUUUUUAAAAAAUGUCUUGACAGUGGAAAGAAUUGCACUGAAUUCUACAAGUGACGCUGCUUUUGUAGGUUCAUCUAAACAAUUACAUACAUGUAGAGUACUCCAAUAUUUUUAAAGAAAUUAAUUUGGUUUUGUGGUAUUCUAACAUAGUGCUUUGUGUAAAUAUGUUUGUAGGUUAAACAAUCCUUGUAAAGGUAGACUUCAUAAUUUUCUGUCUAUGGCAGAAAUUAAGCAUGUAUAUUUUACCAAAACCCAUGUAUUUUUGAAGUUUUUAUGUACUUUAAAUGUAUAAAUUCUUGAAGUUUGGUUUAUUUUGAGUUUUUUUGCAUAUAAAAUGUAUUCAGUGAAAAAGUAACUUUGCUUCCUUGGUGCUCUGGAGAAUCUGGAGUCUAAAAGUUGAUUGGAACAGACAUGGGCUGGUCGCUGAAAUCUCUGGAUAAAUACUAGACUUUAGAUCAUAUUUAAAAAAAAGUCCAACCAAUUAGAAUAACCUGUAAUUCAACAUGAUAAAAAUCAACUUGCAGUUGUCUUUAGCUAACUAAUACCAUGGAGCGUUUGUGACCUUGGUAGAAUAAUUAUUUUCCACAUUUGCUGCAGUUUUAAAUCCUAGCACAUUCUACUAAGUAAUUUAGAAGACUCAACAAUGGAAAGCUGUAGUCUUGUCUUAGUUGCUGAACAAUGAGAAGUUUUGGUCGCAGCCCAGCCCUUUGUUACAUUCAGAUUCUCCUGGUCUGUAGUGUAGGAAUUGUACUAAAUUGGGAUGUUCUGCCUGCAACUGAGUCAUGAGAAUGUUACGAUGGGAUGUAUGAAAUGGCUUCAUCACUAUGGUUUGUCAUACCAGCGAAUGAAUUUCAGAAGCUUUAUUUGCAUAAUAAAAUUCAACUGAAUGUUUGAUUGUUAUGAUCCAGAUUAAUUUACUUAAUUUUUUUUUACAUAGCAGCGAGCUGGUGGUGUGGGUUUAAUCUACUUGUCGCUCAAAUAAUAUCAUUAUGUUUGUACUCUGCAAAGUUAAAACGAUAUGCACAUUCUGCCUGCAAAAUGAAAUAGACUUUUCAAUUCAUGUUUUCAAAUUUAGAUUUUGGCCAUAUCAUAAACAGUUUAUUUGGCUCAACAUCAUCAGUUUGGAGGAAAUAGUUUCACUCUGUUAACUUAAAAUCCACUGAAACCUUCUUUGUAAAGCUUUGCAAUGUAUUCAGUCAGAAAUUUAUACAGCCCUUGUAUUUGUACAGCAUCAAAAGCCCUUAUAAAACUUACUCAGUAAGAUCUCUUGAGAGCUUACUUGAUUAUCUAGCAUUUCUAGUUGGGUAAUAGAAUGCAGACCAGUUUUAAAGCAAAUACAACAUAAAGCUUUCAGGUCAAUUUAAACGCAAAUUCACUUGCCCUUUUGGGAAAACUAACUUGAAAAAUAAAGAUUGAUCUUCUGAAAUUGUCAUCUGCUACUAGGAAUAAAGCUAGGUUGUGAAUGGACAAUUAAUUGCAAGGUUAAAAUCCUAAUUCUGCAGCUACAAUUUCAGUUUCAAAGCAAAGGUGAUGACAAAAAAGUCAUAAGACUGUUGAGUGGUACCUGCCACAGUUUCAGUGCACACCCCUCUUAAUCAUGAUAUUGGUAGAUUUAAUAUGCCAAUUAACCGAAUGUCUUUCAAUGAAAAGGUUUUGCGUAUAUUGCUGUUUCUAUGCCAAUUUGUCCUUUGAUCUGGAGCUUCUAGAUUCAAUUCUGUCACCCAUACACCCCAGCACCUUACAAAGCAGCUUUCUUCAUCUGUUUUAACAUCUGUUGUAUAACAAAAGCUAGGAAGAAAUGUAAGUAGCUUAUUGCAUAAACUGCAUAUUUUAUUUAACUUUGUCACAAGAACAUGCAGAAUAUUACUGUACAAUAGGAGAAAACCUUUAUAACAAUAAAGUAUGGAUAAUUUGUGAAA